AUGCCGUCCUUGCCAUCCUCCUGCGACGUCCUGGUGAUCGGGGGCGGAAACGCCGGCUUCUCCGCCGCCGUGGCCGCCGCCCAGGCCGGCGCUGGCCAGGUCAUUCUGAUCGAUAAAUGCCCCCAGGAAUGGGCCGGCGGCAAUUCCUUCUUCACGGCGGGCGCCAUGCGCACCGUCCACGACGGCCUGCCUGAUCUGCUGCCGCUGGUGAACAACGUCGACGCCGAACUGGCCAAGAUCAUCGAUCUGCCGCCGUACACCAAGGCCGACUUUGAGAAUGACAUGCGUCGCCUCUGCCAGGGCCGGUCUGACCCCCGGCUGACCCGCAUCCUGGUCGACGACUCGCGCAGUGUCAUCCAGUGGCUGAAGGCCAACGGCGUCCGCUUCCAGCUCUCGAUGAACCGGCAGGCCUUUCUCGUCAACGGCCGCCACAAGUUCUGGGGUGGACUGGCCCUGAAGACCGAAGACGGCGGCAAAGGCCUGAUGGAAGACCACAAGAGGGCCGCGAAGAGACACGGCGUGUCGGUCUACUACUCUACUGCAGCGCAGCGUCUGCAUCAAGACCCGCAGACAGGCGCCGUCACCGGCGUCACUGUGAGCCAUCACGGCCGGACGAUGACCAUCAACGCCAAAGCCGUGAUCCUGACUGCCGGCGGCUUCGAGGCCAGCCCGCAGAUGAGGGCGCAAUACCUGGGCCCCGGAUGGGAUCUGGCAUACGUCCGCGGCACGCCCUACAACACAGGCGACUGUCUCAACAUGGCCAUUCGCGACGUCUCCGCAAAGCCAGCAGGCAACUGGUCCGGCUGCCACGCUACAUGCUGGGAUGCGAACGCCCCGGCCAACGCAGGAGACCGGGAGGUCUCGAACGAAUUCACCAAGUCCGGAUAUCCGCUCGGCGUCAUGAUCAACGCCAACGGCGAGCGCUUCGUCGACGAGGGCCUCGACUACCGGAACUACACGUACGCGGCCUUCGGACGGGCGAUCCUCGCGCAGCCGAACGGGAUCGCCUUCCAGGUGUGGGACGCGAAGACGACCCCCUGGCUGCGCAGCGAGGAAUACCGCGACGGCCGGGUGAAGAAGAUCCAGGCAUCGACCAUCGCCGAGCUGGCCGACAAAUGCUGCAGUGAAGGUCUGCAGAACCGCACGCAGUUCAUCCAGACGCUGGAGCAGUACAACGCGGCGGUGUACGCCCACCGCAAGGCUCACCCGGACCUGAAAUGGGACCCAGCCGUAAAAGACGGCCUAUCGACGAGUGGUCUCCCUUUGCCGAAAUCCAACUGGGCGCUCCCCAUCGACGAGCCGCCGUUCCUGGCCGUCAAAGUCACCGGCGGCGUGACCUUCACCUUUGGCGGGCUGGCGGUCAACCCGGAGACGGCGGCGGUGAUUUCGUCGGCGACGGACCGCGAGAUCCCGGGAUUGUUCUGUGCGGGCGAGAUGCUGGGAGGAUUGUUUUAUGGGAAUUACCCUGGGGGAAGUGGAUUGACGGCUGGUGCGGUGUUUGGUCGUAGGGCAGGCAUUGCGGCUGCGAAGAGGGCUGCAAGGGAUGCUCGUGCGAGGUUGUAA